AUGAGCUCUGGCAGCUCACAACCAUGUGGUUCAUAUUCGGUUCGACUUCUCUUUGAUCGAAUGUUUCCCACCUCGCGACUACCCAAAGCCCUCAUCUCGGCCAUCCUCGACCAACUGGCCAUACAGGAGAUGGUCGUCUUGCAGCGGGUCACUAGGCAGUUCAGAGCAGCCGUCAAUGCUCGAUGCCUUAUGCCACGAAGAGUGCAAACGAUCGCCGUUCAGGGAGGCGCUCGACGAGUUGAUGAGGAAGAUGGCGGGAAUGAGGUCGUGGUUAUUUACAUUCCGAAACGUCCUACU